AAAGAAGUAAAACCUUUACUUUGAUCUGGAUAAACGUAAGAAUUGUUACUAUUUUCUCCUUUCUUCUGGAGUUAAAUAGCAGGGUACAGUUUUACGUGCAUCUCAGAUAGUCCUUUAAACAUUUAUUAGUUUGUAGUUGUGCAACCUGCCUCCGCAAAAGUCCGUUCAAGCGCGACCCCGUGCGGCUUGUGCAACAGAUGAGUAUUUGGACCAAUGGAGCGCGCCAAAUAGGAAGUUGUAGUCGAAUGUGUAGUGGCAAAAAACAUGCCUGAAACAUGGAAAAUGGUUUUCAAGAUUUUAUAUUACACAUGAAAUAAGUUUCAACAUUUACUGUAAUACCGGAGGAACUACAAAUCGUGUGGACUAGUACUGAAAAUAUGGAUUGCAGCAGUGACAAUGUGAGUGUGUGGCCUCGCAUGGAACCCUUCCUUUUGGGAACACUGCAAGCGGCUCCUCCCACCAAGCUCAGCUUGCACUACCUGCGCAAGAUGGCGUCCUACGUACGCCUACGAGAGGGCUGCUUCCCUAUGCUCGGCUGGCCCAUGUGGCGUCACAUUGCCUGUGGCAAGCUGCAGCUGCAGGAGGACCUGGCCUGGCUCUACUUUGAGACCUUUGACCUCCUGACUGGCCACCCCCCAGAGGAGAGACUGGAGUGGGCGGAGUCUUUAUCGCAGUGCUCGUCACAGAGAGAUUUGGACCGCCAGAGGAGCAAAUUGUGUGUGAACACGCUGCAGUUCCUUCUUUUCCUCUACAUCCAACAGCUAAACCAUGUCUCUCUUCGCACCUCCCUCAUUGGUGAAGAGUGGCCCAGCCCCCGUGCCCGCUCACCUUCCCCCUCCUCAGACCGCGAGGCCAAGACCAGCUCCCAAAACAAGAACUGGGAUGACCAGGCGCACCUGGGCUUCAUCCAGAACCACCUGUGUGAGUUGCUGGAGCUGCUGGUGGAGCCGGGACAACUCUCUGGCUCUGGGCAGGCCAUCAGAGACAGCAAGGUGUCUCUGGAAGCCCUGCCAGGCCUUAGCCUGCUGUUGGAGGGGUCUGUGGGCAAUGGUCGGGGGGUACACCCCCUCCACAGGCUGCUCUCCAAAGCACCCUUCCAGGCCCAGGCAGGCUUCUCCAAACUCAGCCGCUCCUUCCCCCUGCAUCAGCUCAUGUCCUGGCUGCGACAGACCCUAGUCCUCAACCCCUUUGGCAUGUCCGCCUGCCUGCGCUCUGGCAAGAAGCUAGCCUGGGCCCAGCAAGUUGAGGGUGCCAUGAAGAGAGCUAAAAUUGCCCGGAACACCCACAUGGCCCCUCCAGGAAGCCGCAUGGUCCUGAUGUCCCAGGUGUUUAGGCAGACUCUGGCCAAGGAUUCAGAGAAGCUGGUGGGAGCCAAUGUCAAGGUGCACCGCUGCAGCGAGGCUUUCAUCUACCUGCUAUCCCCUCUCAGGUCGGUGAGUCUAGACAAGUGUCGUAACAGCACAGUGGUCUUGGGUCCAGUGGAGACCAGUGUUCACCUCCAGAGCUGUGAUAACGUGCGGUUGGUGUGUGUGGCCGGCCGUUUGGCCGUAGGGGCCUCCUCCAACUGCACCAUCCACGCCCUGACCCCCACCCGGCCCUUGCUCCUGCCAGGCAACACCGCUCUAACCCUGGGCCCCUUCCACACAUACUACCCUUCCCUGGAGGACCACAUGGCCAGGGUGGGGCUGGCAGUGGUGCCCAAUGCCUGGGACCAGCCCCUUCUGCUGGGAGCAGAGGGCACCACUCUUGACCCGGCUUGCUACCGCCUGCUGCCCCCUGAGGACUUCUACCCCCUGGUGGUGCCUUUCAAGAUGGAGGGGGACACAUGUGAAGUGCCAGGGGGGUUGCCACCGGUGUACCAGAGGGCCCUGGAGAGUCGUGAGCAGAGGGUGCAAGACUGGCAGAGCACAUUAAUGGAGGCCAACCUCAACAAAGAACAGCGUCACCAGUUCAAGGUGCUGGUGGAGCAGAAGUUUCACGAGUGGCUGCUGGAGACUGGUCACAGACAGGAGCUGGACAGCCUUACCCCUUUCACCGUCUCCCCCGAGGACCCCGCGGGAGACCAGAGCUCAGCUCAAAGACUACUUGAACCCAAGCCAAGGGACACCGAACAAAAAGGCACCAAUUCCAGGCAGGCAAUGGGACGGACGCCUAUGGCUUGCUGACCUCGGGGGGGGGGGGGGGGGGGGUCCUUUCACUGAGGUCCCAACAAACCUAUUUGCUACUGGCCCACUAACAGGCAGCCAUGUGUGCAGAUGUUCCAGGCAGGCCUGGAUCUGCUGAGCGGCACUACAGCCAGGAUGGGGGAGAAGGAAGUCUGUCAUGGGCCGUAGCGGCCCUCAGUCCCCUCUUCUAACCCAUGUAACCCAUACAAUGUCUGUACCUUCUGCUUCUCCCUGAAGUAUCCCCAUGUGCUUCAAAGUGCCCAGGCACUCCUCAGCAUGUAGUCAGACGAACCGUCUAUUAAAGGGAGAUUCUGCCAUUUUUGACCCACCUUUUCCGUGAGUGAAUGAGUAAACGCACUCUUGAGGGUUUAAGGGUGGAUAUUAAAAAGACAAGUGAUUUUUGUUUGUAACAACACUUGGAAUAUGGUAGAUGAGUCACGGUACCAUGCUGUUAGAUACUCAGGAUUUCUUCUCAAGUGUAUUUUUAUGUUCCUGUUUACCAAUGAAAUAAUGGGGAAUGCAGUUAAUGCAGAAGUUGACCAUCCAUUCUUAAGUAAAAAUUAAUAAAUGUAAAUGCUGAUGUACUGUAUGAAUACAUGUUUAGCAAUAAUUCCUCAAUUAAUAAUAGCCCUUUAUCUGGUAUGUGGGUGUGAUGAAUUGGAAUAGUAUUUGUAUAGAGUGAAUAUAGAGUGAAUAUGCCAAUUCAAUUAGCAUGGGGGUUAGAAUGUGACGACUAUCUGCCUCAUUAGCUGCCUCGAUAUAUGUAUGACCUUUAGGUACUGGAGGCCAAUGAUCUGUAGAUAACAGUGCCUCUUUUUUGAUGAGUACAGCAUAUGCUAGCUGUAUGAAAUUGCUGUAUUAGAGCAGUUUUCCGUUAUAAUUCAAGGAUUGGUGGACCAGUCAAAAACCUGUACUGUAGAAUAUGCGUAGAAUGCAGGGAACAGUGUGCUAAUGUUUCUGACAUGUCUUUAAGUUAGAUGGCCAGUGUGGGGAAGAUGUAAGCGAUUGUAUUAUUAUGCCUUAACUGCUGUAGUUUACUUGCCUUUGUCUGACAUUGCACUAUUAUGCCCUUACAGUUACAAUAGAAAAAUGAUUUGCAAUAGUUUGUAUGAGCACACAUUUUGUUCUCUGCUUGUAGAGAAAAUGAAUAAAGAAAAUCUUUUUGGA